GGGAAAUUCCGGUGUGCAGGACACAAAGUGUGUCGUCACAUGUUCGAUUCCGCGGCUCGAGCUUGUCUUUUCUUCUCGUGGAUUAAAUGAUGUUUUCACAAAGUGUCGCUGCUGCACGUGACGCGCUGAAGAGACUCGAGUGUUCGCCCUAACCAGGUGACCAGGUAACUACGUCACCAGCCGUCAGCCGGUAACUAGUGAGCCCGGUAACUAGUUAGCCAGACUCCAGCUCCUGAGGGCCCCGGGGCCCUUUGCAGACACGAUGGCUGGAGACGACCCCUACCUUCAUUCUAACAACCAGAUCUUCGACACCAUGAUCAUGGAUCCAACGUGGGAGUUCCAGCCCUUUGCUGCCAUGUCUCAGACCACGUCCCUGAGGACAGCGGACGGACCGUUCCUGCAGAUCCUGGAGCAGCCGAAGCAGCGAGGCUUCCGGUUCAGAUACGGGUGUGAAGGUCCGUCUCACGGCGGGCUGCCAGGAGCGUCCAGCGAGAAGAACAGGAAGACCUACCCCACCGUCAAGAUCGGGAACUACCAGGGUCCGGCCCGGGUUGUGGUCCAGCUUGUGACAGCACUCCCCAGCCUCCCUCAGCUUCACGCUCACAGUCUGGUGGGAAAACAGUGUGACAAAGGAAUCUGCAUCACGGACCUGCAGCCCAAAGACUCCACCAUCAGUUUCCCAAACCUUGGGAUUCUCCAUGUGACGAAGAAGAAUGUGGCGAAGAUUCUGGAGGAGAGGAUGAUCGAGGCGUUCAGGAUGGGAUACAACUGUGGCGUCUCCAUCCACCCAGAGAUCGAUGCCCUGCAGGGGGAGGUUCGAGUCCCACGAGACCUCCACGAUCACCAGCGCAGUGUGAUCAGCAGUGCAGCGUCUCUUCAGGCUAAGGAGAUGGACCUCAGUGUGGUGCGUCUCUUGUUCACGGCGUUCCUCCCCGACAGUAACGGAGGUUUCUCCAGACGCCUGGAACCCGUCGUGUCUGAACCGAUCUACGACAGCAAGGCUCCCAACGCCUCCAACCUGAAGAUCGUGAGGAUGGAUCGAACCGCCGGCUGCGUGACGGGAGGAGAGGAGGUUUAUCUGCUGUGCGACAAAGUGCAGAAAGAUGAUAUCCAGGUGAGGUUCUAUGAAGAAGACGACUCGGGGGUGACCUGGGAGGCGCUGGGAGACUUCUCACCGACAGACGUCCACAGACAGUUCGCCAUCGUCUUCAAGACUCCGAAGUACCGAGACCAGAACCUGCAGAGGCCGACCUCCGUGUUCGUCCAGCUGAAGAGGAAGUCCGACAACGAGACCAGUGAACCCAAGCCCUUCACCUACCACCCCCAGAUCAUCGACAAGGAGGAGGUGCAGAGGAAGAGGCAGAAGACUUUGCCCAACUUUCAGGACUUCAGCGGCCAUGGAGGAGGAGGAGGUCUGUACAGAGGAGGAGGCCCAGCAGCAGGAGGAGGCCCUGGCUCUGCAGGAGGAGGAGCAGGAGGUUCAUUCCAGGGUUUUACUACCUAUAACUAUGGAGGAGGAGGAGGAGGAGGAGGAGGAGGUUUCUCCACAGGAUACUCAGCUGGUCUGGGAGGAGGAGGAGGAGGUUUCUCCACAGGAUACUCAGCUGGUCUGGGAGGAGGAGGAGGAGCAGCAGCCAUCCAACACGCGUCUCAGAGCGACACAGUGGACGACAACGAUCCAGACCACCAGGACUCGGGGGCCGCGGGGGGGGCUUCAUCCCGGACUGGAGGCGUGGAGGGGGGGGGCAGUGAGGAGCCAGACACAGCAGGCGAGCGGUGGGUCCAUGGGACCAGUCGACAGCUGGAGGCUCUCUUCCACUUCUCUGUAACCGGUGACCCAGUUUACCUGCUGGCUCCACAGCGCCCCCUGAUGACGGCACAGGACGAGGACGGGGACACCGGGCUGCACCUGGCCGUCCUCCACAGCCAGCAGGCGGCGCUGAAGAGUCUGACCCAGGUGGUGUCCGCUCUGCCUGGAGAGGAAGUUCUCAACCUGAGGAACCACCUGUACCAGACUCCUUUGCACCUGGCGGUGAUCACGCAGCAGAGCGAGGCGGCCGAGGCGCUGCUAUUGGCCGGAGCCGACCCCACGCUGACCGACCGCCACGGCAACACAGCUCUUCACCUGGCGUCACAGCAGGAAGGGGGAGGAGCUAUGGUCCAGCUUCUACUACGACACCGAGAAGUGAGAGGACUGAUGGAGCACAACAACACAGCAGGUCUGUGCCCGAUCCACCUGGCUGUUCUGGCCAAUCAGCUGUCUUCCCUCAGGGAGCUCCUGGAGGGCGGGGCCAACGUGGAGGCUCAGGAGCGCAGCUGUGGGAGGACCGCCCUCCACCUCGCCACGGAGACCGACAACGUGUCGCUGGCCGGCUGCCUGCUGCUGGAGGGAAACGCCGAGGUGGACUGCUGCACCUUUAACGGCUGCACCCCCCUCCACCUGGCGGCAGGGCGGGGCUCCGUCAGGCUCACAGCGCUCCUGGUGGCGGCAGGGGCCGACCCGCACAAAGAGAACUUCGAGCCGCUGUUCUUCAGAGAGGACGAGUGCUGCCAUGACGAGGCCGACGAGGACGAAGGCUACAUCCCAGGAACGACUCCGCUCAACAUGGCCGCCACCAGCCAGGUGAUCGAGCUUCUCAACGGAAAAGAGUACGAAGCCAAAACUCCUCACGGAGCCGUGAGCCGACCACAAGGUGACCUGGCGAGCCUGGAUGUGGGGGUGAAGCAGGAAGUGUGUUGUGCCCUGGAGAGUGAAGGAUGCUGGGAGAAGCUGGCUCACAGUCUCGGCCUUGGGAUCCUGAACACGGCGUUCAGACUGAGCCCCUCCCCCGCCAAGACUCUGCUGGACAGCUACGAGGUUUCGGGGGGGACGGUCAGUGACCUGUUGGCUGGUCUGAGGUCAGCAGGAGAGUGCAGAGCGCUGAGCAUCCUGGAGGGGGCGCUGCGUCGCUCUGAGGAAACGGCGACGAGCGUCGAGUCCCGGCUGAAGGCCGACGCUCGCAUCGACAGCGGCGUCUGUGACAGCGGGGUGGAGCUUUCCACAGCGUAAGGACGUGAUUGGCCCGUCUCCAGCUGCUUCAUCAGAAGAAGCACAAUCCUCAUCAUUCACGACGUCUCCAGGAAUGAAGGUUUCUCACCAAGGUUUUAAAUGAAAUGUGUGAAACUGAUGAAAACGUCCACGGCUGAUUCUUGUUCCUCAGAAAGAAAAGUAAAUAUUCUUCUCUUUAGAGGAAUUCACCAAAACCUUCCAGGAGACUUUGAAUUCUCUUUCUGAUUCCUGCUCUGCUGACGGGACCGUUUCUGUCCGGACGUCUGCACCAGUGGCGGCUGGUGGUAAAAUGUAUUUUAGGUCACGCACCAACGUGGUUGUCCAAUGUACCUCCGUGCCGACACUUUGAAACAUCGAACAGGUGAAGCAAUGAGACGAAACCCCAGUUAUCACCUCUGUUCCUCAGAACAAGAGCAGGAGCAGCUCCGGGGGUUCACUUGCUGCUGAAUCUGUAAAUCAGGUUGGACCAGGAUCCUUCUUCCUCUUUGUCUUGUUGGGUUGUUUUUGUAAAGAAAGAGGGAGAGCGGCAACAUCCAAUCACAGAGCAGCCUCAGGUCACAUGGUUAAGUAUCAGGACCAACAUUCACAUCCUCUCGUCCGGCAACAGGAAGUAAACAGAAAGGAACCAAAUAGUUUUAAAACAAUUUAUAUUGAAUUAUCACCGGUGCUGACGGUCGACCGGGAGCGUUGUACCAGCAAAAUAUUACCAUAAUUAUGUGAAACAUUUUAAUACAGGCUUCUUGUCUCAGGUGUCGCAGGGGGAGGAGCCCAGAGCCCGUAUUAACCAGCCGCCACUGGUCUGCAGAGAGAUUGGUGCUUCAGACUCACAUGAUUGUAAAGUUCAGAUGUUUUUUUAUGUGUUAAAUCAACUGUGUCUGUUCCUUGUGACUCUGGUGAGUGGGUUCCACCUCCUGAGAGAACAACUGACUGAGAGUCACAGACACAACCAGCUGCAGCUGAACUGAGAUCAGUUCAAAACACUCUGAAGUUAUUAAACCAGAGUUUAUCUCCAAGAUUCAGCAGGAAACUUUAAACGUGAGCUCGACUCAACACGUUGAGACAUUUGCAUGAAACCACCUCGACACUUCGAACAGAGGUAAUCACCACAUGUGGCUGCAGGGGGCGCUGUUCAUGAAACGGCUACAGUUGAUUUAUAAUGAAAACAUCUGAAACCAUUUUCUUUUGUCUCGUCACUGAAACGUAAACAUGAACUUAAGGGACUUUAGUUUUUGCUCGAACCAAAGAGAACCAUCUUCCAGUGCAUUGUGGGAAAGGUAGUUCAACAGAUGCUAUUUAUCUUCUCUGAGCUAUGCACACUUCAACGGGAGCUUUUCAUUGGUUGUCUUUUUUAUAAAACUUUUUUAUAUAAUUGACGGUUGUCGUCAGUGUUUUAUGAUUCAAUGAUUUUAAAUUAAAACAAUGCAACCUUCA